UUGUGUUGGAAAGUCCAAAGAUGGGUCCCCUACUGUUCGCUCUGUGUUUGUUGGGUGGUGCUGCUGCAAGACAGCCGGUGGCACUCCCAUGGGACAACUAUCAUGAAUCCGUCGGAAUUCCUCUUGCCUCGAGGAUUAAAGAAACCGAGGAUGCUUGGAUGUCGGGGGACUCCGUUGGAUCCAGGAUCGUAGGAGGUGCAGCUGCACCUGUUAAUGGUUUUCCAUAUCUGGCUGGAUUACUGAUCACAUUCUGGAACCACGCGGGCACCUCAGCAUGUGGAGCCUCCCUGCUCUCCUCCAACCGGUUGGUGACAGCUGCCCACUGCUGGUUCCACUCACUGCAAGCCAACCAGUUCACAGUAGUCCUUGGCUCCCAGUACCUCUUCUACGGAGGCACCAGAGUUACCACAACUAACGUAAUCAUGCACCCACAAUACGUACCGAGAACUCUCCUUAACGAUGUUGCCAUGAUCUUACUACCAACUAAUGUGUUUUUAUCUAACAGUAUCCAGCCGAUCGCGUUGCCCGACAGCAACGAAUUAUGGAACCAGUUUAAUGGGCAGUGGGCCGUCGCCGCGGGUUACGGCAAGACCAAUGAUCAGCAAGCGGGUGUAUCAGUGAACUCGUUCGUGAGCCACGUGACCCUGCAGGUGAUCACUGUGUGGCAGUGCCAGUCUGUGUUCGGCAGCACCGCUCAGCCCAGCAACAUCUGCACCAGCGGCGCCGGCGGUGUCGGCAUCUGCGGCGGCGACUCCGGCGGUCCGCUCGUUGUUAACCACAACGGACGAGAUAUAUUGAUCGGUAUCAGUUCGUUCGUGGCCAGCAAUGGCUGCCAGCUCGGCUUCCCAUCCGGCUUCGCUCGCGUCACCAGCUUCUACAACUUCAUCAUGCAGUACAUGUAAAUUACAAUAUUAAAACACGUGCUAACGUGAAGGCAAACGAACUGUAUUUUAUUUAUUUAUCUCAUUA